AUGGAAGGAGAUGCAAAUGGAAUCGAUGUAGAGAAAGAAGAAGAUGAAUCUUUUAAUUGUCCUUUGUUUGAUCGAGCAGCAAAGAGAAACGGCUUGGAAAUAUCUGAACCGAUAAUAGCUUAUAUUGCAGAUUUCGCCUUUAAAUACACAGAACAGCUUGCAAAGGAUCUUGAGCUAUUUGCACAGCAUGCUGGACGUAAAUCUGUGAACACCGAAGAUGUCAUACUUUCUGCUCAUAGAAACGAUCAUUUGGCUUCCUUAUUAAGGUCAUUUUGUAAUGAUUUGAAAGCAAAAGAACCCCAAUCUGAGAGGAAACGGAAGAAAGCUUCAAGAAAGGAAGACAAAGCUACUACCAGCGUAGUGCAUGUUCCUGAUCUUUAACACUUUCCAGUAUGUGUACUCAUAUUUGAUAAUCAGGGCCCAAUUAAAUCACUCACAUGACUACUUGGCCAAUUAAGUUAGCGAGGUGCAUUUCCUCUAAAAAGUUGCUUUAUGCAAAUUGCUGAUCAACCACAUAAGAGAAGUUGGAAAGUAAUUAAGGUUAUGCUGUAAUUAUCACUUCGAUUGCUACUUGAUAUAUCACUCUAUAAUAUUUGAACAAUUU